CUUCUUUCCUGGACGUCCAAUCGUUUCAGUUUGUUCUGAAAAUUGCUGUACUUGUGUUACAAGUAACAAAUGAUUGCGAGUGCAGCUACUCGGUGAUGUGAUUUGAUAUCGUUUGAGAAAUUUUGACGUUCUCAUUUCGCCAAUUGCGUGCACUGGAUUAUUAUUCGCUUUUUGCGAAAUUAUUGGUGAUAUCCGAUGUCGUUAAAGGGUAUUCGAUCGCGAUUGCGUCAGACACAGGGUAGCGUUUGCGACUCGGAUCAAGGCAGUCCGUCAAGAUCAUCGUCUUUCUUUCAACAGCUUGCCACUUUUUUGGGUCCUGAGGAAUCAAGUUCACUGACCAAACGAUCCUACCCCCAAGAGGAUGACGCUGCCAAUUCGGGCGGCACAAACUUCGAGGACCAUCUUCUAUCGCUGGUCAUGGCUAAGGGAAAGCUACCAUCUGCGGUCACGGAAACGGACCUUGCCGGAACGAUCAGCAGCCAUUCGGAUUCGUCGGAACACAACACCAACGAGCAAACAAAUUCUCAGCAACAGAUCAAACUGAGCCAAGCUAACGCAAGUCCAACAUCACAAGGAAAGGCAGCAGCUCGUAAACUGGUAAGAGACACUUCGGUCGAUCUGACUGGAAGUGAUCGAGACACGGACAAGGAAGGAAGUUUGACAGACGAUGGGGCUCCUCGACGACCAGUGGCGCACAGUAUGCGACGUCGUGCAAUACAUUCAGCCAACUCUGACACUGUGCAGCCAAUGAAUUCCAGUCCAACACAAACUCCUCGAAGGAACCGGUUCGCUCGUCGCGAUAAGAGACGAUCCGAGCGCAGCAUAUCAUUGGAUCGUUCCGUCAGGAGCGCCAGCAUCCCCCCAAUGUUGGACAAAGACGACGAGUCCACUCUGACAAUAGGAAAUGACGAGUUGCCGACUAGCAAGGAUGUUGCCGGCAGUGGAGACACUUCAUCCCGGCUACCCCAUCACCGCAUUGCCGCGUGGGCACGUGAGUUGAUGGAAGAUCUGCAAUCGAUCGAGGACGAAACUGAUCAGGGACAUUCGGGCUCUACCAAAGAAAGUAACGGUGAUGAUCUUGGCGACAGCCUUUCCGUGAAGAGGUUGAAGAAAAACAUAAUGCGAUUCGGACGAAUUACCAGCGCCAUUUCAUCAUCUUGCGAUUCUAUUCAGUCGAUCCGUCAAUGGCAAUCUCCGACAGCUUCCAUCUUGUUUCUUUUGGUGACGUCUUACGCCAUAUGGCACGGAAUGUUUCUCGUUCUGGUUGUUGCAGCCAGUCUAUGGAAGUUGACCAUGAAUUAUCUGACAUCCCGAGGCUGGCUUCGCCAUUUUGGCUGGGCAAUUGGAGGUGACCAUGGCGAUGCGGAUGAGACGUCCGGUGAAGGCAACAAAUCAUCGAGCAGCGUCAUAGAAAGUCUUUCGGUCGUGCUUCAAGUUGCCAGGAAAGUACAAAAUCAGCUUGGCAACGUCUGCGACGCUGCGGAAAAAAUCAAAAAUUUACUCAUGUGGAGACACGAAGCUUCACGCCGUCUAUACCUGAUACUCUGGCUGGCCCUACCAGCAACUUUGCUGGUGCCUGCCGCUCAUCUCUCCACCUUCCUUGGCUUCUACUUGCUCUUUAAAAUGAUGGUGGUCGACUAUAUCUUUCUCAAGUUUCCUCGUUUGCGUGCUAAAUACGACACGUCUUCGCUCAUCUGGCAAACGUUGCCCACCGACGCAGACUUGGAAGUCCGUCACAAAGUCGAACAGGGUUUGCGCAACGCGGCUGCUUCAGGAGCCAAUGUUGAAACGAGAACUUUCUGGGAAUCUUUCAACCUUCCGCCCAGCGAACAUCCACUGUCAGGAUGGCAGAAUGGGUUGCGAGCGACAUUAGUGAAUCGUGACAAAUCGCUGACGUCGUCCUUCAGGUCCGGCCGUCUCUUUCUCACCGCCAGUUAUCUUUGUUUUGAACGGUCGAAAACGCAGCCGGGAAAGAACGUGGUUAUUCCGUUGGAUAGGAUCAUCCGUUUGGAAAAGGGAAACCAAUACAGCUGGAUACCUGGUGGCGGGAUGAUUAUCGAAGUCUUCGUCCAAGGACUGGAUCGGGCCUACACUUUCGGCGCCAUCAUGAACCGUGACGACGUUUUCAAUAGCAUCCGCGAUGCGGCAGAAGAGCUUGGCUGCGUCUGGCGUGAAGACAAAUCCGGAUCGUCCUAAUCUUCUAAAGACUCUUCUUGUACCAAUGAUGGCUCAGAAACUUUCCUCAAGUCCCCCCCCCCCUUUUUUUUAUUUUUUUUAUUUAUUUAUUUUUUUUUUCCUCACCAUCUUUCCUACUUUUCCGCCCUCGUAUUUUGUAGUAUCCAGCAGCCAAAAUGAGCUUAUUUUUUAUCCAAGUUUUUUUGUUGUUGUUGUCUACUUCCUCUCAUAUUAUGUAACACUACAUUGUACAUGCAUGUAUGUAUACAUGGACGUAUUCGUUGUACGAAAGUGUAAAUACAGAAAUUGCAAGGA